AGUCAUUUUGUCUUCACUGGGUUGGCAAGGUACACCAACAUCCAUUUUUCACUGACGCGGCGACUUGAAAGGCUCGUGGUUCGGAGAGAUUACCUAGUGUUGAGGGGGCGCAUGAGAUGAGAUGAGAGAAGCGUCCGUUCAUUCACUAGCAGAUCCUCUGAACGCUGCGCAACCUGCUGAAGUUUGAACAAAAUACAUUAUACAAAAAGGCAUACAGCGUGGACAUUAAAGGACUAUUUUGGAUCAAGUUUGGACUCACUGUUACAUUGCUACAGGAACGUUUUCGUUUCCAGGAAUAUAUUUGGAUUUAGAUAUGAAUGAAAUUCACGCGCGAUGCAGCCAAAGGAUAAAAGAUAUUUUAAUAACAAACAAAAAAAAAAUCUGAAAUAAUUUCACAGCAAUGACCAUCUUGACCAAAGUUUUGUGGGUUUGAGCACCUUGUAACGGUUAUUUGUGCUGGACUAUCACAUCUCGCGCGUGCAUUAAUGGAAUAGAAGCGAACUGAUUUCAUAUAGUGUGUCUGAUAUUACACAGCCUGUGUUGGGUUCAUUUUUCUUUCACUGGGUUGUGAAGACUUCAUCAUUGGUGAGAUUUGUCUCCAGAAAGGCAUGUUCCCUGGCUCCACGCCGGUUGGAGCAUCUCUGAGGCUCCGGUCGGGAAGGUUUCGCCUGCGCUGGGACACUUUUGGACCACAGAGGAGAUGAGAACCGCGCGGAUCCACUUUCUCUUCUGCUGCUUCUCACUGCUUUCAGCAGCCGCUGAGGAAGCGCCGAUUCCCAAAGAGCUGAUCGAGCGACUCUCCAACAGCGAGAUCCGCAGCAUCAGCGACCUCCAGCGGAUCCUGGAGAUUGACUUCGUAGAGAAUGAGGUGUUGGAGGAAGUCAAACAAGGCCACCAUAAGGAGCAUCUCUAUGACAACAGACACUUCAAGAACUCACAUGUACACUCUAGACGCAAAAGAAGCAUUGAGGAGGCAGUGCCAGCCAUUUGUAAGACUCGCACUGUGAUCUACGAAAUCCCACGCAGUCAGGUGGACCCCACAGCCGCCAAUUUCCUGAUCUGGCCUCCAUGUGUCGAGGUGAGACGAUGCUCGGGCUGCUGCAACACCAGCAACAUGUGUUGCCACCCCUCCAAAAAGCACCACAGGAAUGUGAAAGUGGCCAAGGUGGAGUAUGUACGCAGGAGACCAAAGCUCCGGGAGGUGCAGGUGCAGCUGGAGGAUCAUCUCGAAUGUGUUUGCACGUCCAAACAUCACACAGAGUCCUGCAUACACACAGCAGAUAUAAGGUGAGCGUGGUACUCGAUAAAAAGCAAUCAGAGGAGGGGAGUGGCAGCCAUUGCUUCCAAUCAGAUAACUGGGACUGCACAACAGUGAGCGAUAUCAUCUGGAAAGACAUGGCAGGCACAAGCUUUUCAACCCUGAAUGAAUCAGGGAGGCCUUUUUGGAUCACUCUGGACAUUUGAUGCACCUUUUAAAAGAGACCCAGACAGACUUUGACUUUGGACUAAAAAUCAAAGGAACUAAACACAAAGACCGCAGUGACAGAGACUCGCAGAGCCUGCAGAUCAUUAGGUGUCGAAACUCUGACAUCCAUUUCUAGAACCUUUUAAAGGGGCAUCUAUUAUAACUGUAUUUGUAUAUCAAAAUCUAUUUUCUCUAGCAAAUAUAUGUAUCAUCAUAUUUUUGUAACUGCUGAUUUUCUAUCAACACUGAUUUUCUCUUGUAUAUGCCGUAGAGUGAACAAGUACAGCAAAACACAAACUACAGUAACUAAUACUAAUAAAGAGCAUACACUGAGUAUACAUUUUACUGAGUUUGUUUGACAGACUGUGCCAAAGAUAUUGAUUAUGUUUUGUGAUAUAUGUGCUAUCUAAUGGUGACAA